GCCUUCUUCAAACAUUCAGCUACUGCCUCCAGAUGCUUCAUGUGCUCUUCAAAUGUGCGGGAUAUAAUCAGAAGAUCAUCCAGAUAUACGUGUACGUGGCUUCUCAAGCCUUGGGGGAUGACCAUAUCCAUGAGUCGGAACAAGCGCUGCGCCGCAUUGCAAAGCCCGAAAGGCAUUCUGCGGAACUGAUACAGCGGGCGUCCCGGGAUGGUAAACGCCGUGUAUUUCCGACUUUCCACCUCCAACUCUACCUGCCAGAACGCGUGCCUUAGGUCAACACUACUAAUGAAGAUCGUAUCCUCCACCCGGCUCAGAAUGGACUCAAUAUUUUGCAACGGGUUUCUGCACCAAUGUUACCCUAUUGUUCCACGGGCUUUCGCUCAGUUCGAUCACUCCCAAUUUGAGCAUUUCGUCGACCUCUUGGAACAACAACUUCUGCUUUUGUGGUGAUACUGGAUAGAAUCUCUCUUUCACUGGCACUGUAUCCAGCAGUUGGAUCGUGUGCUCUUCUAAUGUGGUACGUCCGAGUCCGCCUGAAACUUCUCACAGACUUCUGCCAGGACCUCUUGUUGCGUCUCGUUGAGGACAUGUGGUUCCACCGGCUCCUUUUUGGAAUUAAACUCCUCAUCCUCAAUGGACAACUCCUCUACUCCCAAGAGAUCAGGUGCGAGCUCGAAUUUGCGGCAGAAAUCUAUGCCUUUGACGCAGUGACGGGCACAGUUUAUUCACCAGCUCUUCACAUCCGUCGCCCAGGAAACUCACUGAAGCUCCCGUGUCUAGCAGACCUUCUACGUGAAACUAUUGCAUCUUUACCGUAGCGAAUGCCUGAUUCUCCUUUUGCCUUGGCACUGCUUCUAAGGCCGAACAAACCUCUUGGCGUUUUGUUCUUCGUUGUCUGUACCGCUCUCUCACACGCUUGACUCGGUUAGAUAUGGCCUUUUUCCUAUUGGUUCCUUCUACCAAUCCAAAUGGGUUCCGUUUUUCACUAAAUUGCUGGUCAUGGUCCGAGGAGUUGCUUUCUAAGCGUGAUCGGAGGCUAAACAUCGCUUGGAGGUAUUCAUCCACGCUUUCUCCUGUCCUUUGUCGCCUCUCUCUCAACUCACGUUCCCGCUCAAAGUUUGAUCGUUGCGUCUGGAAUCUCUGCUGCAGUGCGUGCUUCAUAUUUGGCCAAUCUGCUGGUCCUGCCGAGCGUACGUGCAUCCAGUACCAGUCCUUGGCCUGCCCUUCUACCAAGCAGUGGAAAUCUUGCAGUACUUCGCCCCAACUUACUUGGUACACCGUCUACCCCAUCUUCUCGGAUGUACCAUUUCGGGACGCUGUUCCGUUGUUAUUGGCACUCAAGAUUGUUGCCUCGUAUCUUCAGGCCAAUGCCAGGAAGAUUUUUAUGGUGGACGACUUUCCAGAUUCUCACGUUGCUGUCGCUCCAAUACUCGUUGGUCUAUGGCUUCUGUAG